AUGAAGUUCUCUCACAGCUUACAGCUGAAUAGUGUCCCUGACUGGGUGGACCACUAUAUCAAUUAUCAGCACCUGAAGAAAAUUGUUUACUCGCUCGAACGAGCACAGUAUGCUGCGAAUGAUCCGGAGCAAGGUAUUUUGCAUGCUCCAGGACACUUAGAAAAUGAGUCUGAGACGCUCUUGCAGUCGGAUCCGUCUGACUUUGAUCGUCAGUUUAUUCCUCACUUGGACAAGGAGCUGCGAAAGAUUGUGGACUUUUAUUGCGAGAAGGAAAGGGACCUGUGUACGGAAGUCCGCAUGGUGCAGGAGCAUAUCCAACUCGCCGAAGAAGAGUACGAUGUGGGCUCAGGCGAUGAGCUGGAUGCGGAUGUAUCCAAUGGCGAAGAAGGGGAUGAGGCCAGUGGGCCCCAAACGCACCUGAACCCGCAAUGGCGAGCGCCCGCUUGGUACCACCCGAAGCGCCGUAUGUCUCACACUUCCAUCAGCGACACAGAGACGAGUUCGAAUGUGAAUCAAGGGAAAGGAGAUCCCUUGCCGGUGCACAAGCGAUGGAUCAACACAUUUGGACGACGAGGGUCGUUCCACAGAGCACGCCGCCAAAUGUCGCAGAGCCCAGGCAGCUCGGGCUUUGGUGGUAUAUCCGGCGGCGAAGAGGGGAGUCAGCAAGACGAUGGCCUCGCUCCCAAUGUGUGGAGUGCUCAAGACGACUAUGCGAUCGAUAUGCGCAUUACAUUGAAGCGCAAGCUGAUGGAGAUUUACAUUACCUUGAACGAGCUGCUGCAGUAUGCGAAUCUCAACCUGACAGGUAUGAAGAAGAUUUUGAAAAAGUACGACAAAAUUACGGGACGUAAUCUGAAGGACCGUUAUCUGGAAGAGGUCGUCAAGGUCAAGUACCCGUUCCAGCCGCAAGCCAACCAGUUGCUGAGCGACCAGGUAAAAUUGGUCGUCGACAUGUAUGCUCAUGUGGCCACACACAAUGAUGUCGAGUUAGCACACCAGCAGCUACGUAUGCAAUUGCGUGAAGAGGUGGUGUGGCACCGCAACACGGUGUGGCGUGAGAUGAUCAACAUUGAGCGUCGAGCUCAAGCUGCCUCGUUAGAAAAGGGUAUUAUGGGCGCGGGUGCGACCAACCUGUUGGAUGAGGAGCCCAAGGAGCCGACAGUCGUACACACGCCCUUCGGCAACAUUGUUCUGCCACCGUUUAUGACCAUGGGGACGGUGCAGAUGUUCUUCUCGCUGCUGGUGUUUGUGCUGCUGCUCAAACUUCCUGCGCUACGUAUCUUUGAGGAAGUGGAAGUGCAGAACUGCUUUGCCAUGCUGGUACUGUGCACAUGCUUCUGGGUCACAGAAGUCGUGGAGCUCUUUGUCACGUCGCUGCUGGUGCCGCUGCUCAUCGUCACGCUGCGUGUCGCGCGAGAAGGCGAGGGCGAGGGACGGCGUCUUACCGCGCCGGAAGCGAGCAAGUGGAUUUUCCAGCAAAUGUUCGCGCCCAAUGUGCUGCUGCUGCUGGGUGGCUUUACGCUCGCUGCGGCGCUGUCCAAGUACGGUAUCGACAAAGUGCUUGCGACGCGAGUUCUCCACUUGGCUGGCACACGGCCCAGCUUUGUGUUGCUGGCGCAUAUGGUGGUCGCGUGCUUUGCGAGUAUGUGGAUCUCGAACGUCGCCGCCCCGGUCUUGAUGUUCUCGUUGGUGCAGCCGAUUUUGCGCAACUUGCCGCCUCGCUCGACGUAUGCGGCGAGCAUGGUGAUGGGCAUUGCAUUGGCUUCGAAUGUAGGUGGUCAGACGUCGCCGAUUGCCUCGCCCCAGAACCUCAUUGCCCUGCAGUACAUGCCGGAGCCUUUGGGCUGGCUGCAGUGGUUCGCCAUUACGAUUCCUGUGAGUGGCAUUACGCUUAUGGCGUUGUGGCUGCUGCUUCUGUGGACCUUUGGCACUGGCCGUGGGGUGACGAUCAAGCGAUUGCCUGAGACCAACGAGCCGUUCACGCGCAAGCAGUGGUUCAUUUCGGCGGUGUGUAUCGGGACGAUUGUCCUUUGGUGUUUCCAGCGGCAGAUCCAGGGCAUCGUCGGUGAUAUGGCGGUCACGGCCGUGGUCCCGCUAGUCCUCUUCUUUGGUACGGGUAUUUUGACCAAGGAAGAUUUCAACAACUUUUUGUGGACGAUUGUGUUCCUGGCUAUGGGCGGUAUAGCGCUCGGAAAGGGCGUGGCCUCGAGUGGCUUGCUGAAGAACUUGGAUGCGUUGGUGCAAAACCUCGUGACAGGUUUGCCGCUAUUUUGGAUUCUGGUCAUUUUGCUCAGUGUGGGCCUGGUCGUUGCGACGUUUAUUUCACACACGAUUGCGGCGGUCCUCUUAGUCCCGAUUGCAGCGCAGAUGGGCGAGAGUCUCAGCGAGCCCCAUCCACGUCUGCUGAUCAUGGCCACGGCGCUGGUCUCGAGUGCAGCGAUGGGGUUGCCGAUCAGUGGCUUCCCGAACAUGACAGCGAUCAACUUGGAAGACGAGGUGGGCCACAAGUACGUCACUGUGAAGACGUUCUUGCGUGUUGGCAUCCCUGCGAGUAUCAUUGCGACGAUGAUCAUCGCGACGCUUGGUUACGUGAUUAUGUUAGUUCUUGGAUUGUGA